GGAGACACGGGAAAGAUGAUGGAGUUGAGGAUCCUGCUGAUCCCUACGGGGGAAAUCAUCCUUUCUCCGGGGAAGAACGGAGAGAACUACUGCCACGGCUGCAAGGUGGUGGCCAGUGACGGGGUUCGGGCGAUGAUGGAGUCCGCCCUGACAGCCAGAGACCGGGUGGGGGUGUCCGACUUUGUUCUCCUGGAGAACUUCACGAGCGAAGCCUCGUUCAUCGAGAACCUCCGAAAACGCUUCAAAGAAAACCUCAUCUACACGUACAUCGGGUCGGUGCUGGUGUCCGUUAAUCCUUACAAAGACCUGGAGAUCUACACCAAGAACCACAUGGAGCGAUACCGCGGAGUCAACUUCUACGAGGUGUCUCCACACAUUUAUGCGGUGGGGGAUAACGCGUACCGCUCCAUGAGGACGGAGAGGAAGGACCAGUGCAUCCUGAUCUCUGGAGAGAGCGGCGCCGGGAAGACCGAGGCAUCCAAAAAGAUCCUGCAGUAUUACGCCGUCACCUGUCCGGUCAGCGACCAGGUGCAGACCGUCAAGGACCGGCUGCUGCAGUCCAACCCUGUGCUGGAGGUCAGGAAACACUCAUUAUCUGUUCUCUACUACUGCUACUGCUACAGCGUGGCGACGCUGGUCAAACAUCUGGGAUACAAACCUGAGGAGUACAAAAUGGGGAGAUCCAAAAUCUUCAUCCGCUUCCCGAAGACGUUGUUUGCGACUGAAGACGCUCUGGAGACCAGGAAGCACAGUCUGGCCACCAAGCUGCAGGCCGGAUGGAGAGGAUACAGCCAGAAGACCAAGUUCCAGAAACUCAGAACCUCAGCUGUUAAGGUGCAGGCGUGGUGGAGAGGGAUCCUGGCCCGGAGGAGAGCGCAGCGCCGCAGACAGGCGGCUGAUACCAUCCGCAGGUUCAUCAAAGGCUUCAUCUACCGCCACAGGGAGCGAUGUCCAGAAAACGAGUAUUUCCUGGAUUACGUUCGUUACUCGUUCCUCAUGAAUCUGCGCAGAAACCUGCCCAAAAACGUCCUGGAUAAGAGCUGGCCGACUCCUCCUGUUGCUCUCUCUGAUGCCUCAGAGCAGCUGCGUAAGCUGUGUAUGCAGAACAUGGUGUGGAGCUACUGCAAGAAGAUCAGCCCAGAGUGGAAGCACCAGAUGGAGCAGAAGAUGAUCGCCAGUGAACUCUUUAAAGACAAGAAGGACAACUAUCCUCAGAGCGUUCCCAAACUCUUCGUCAGCACCAGACUCAACGGAGAGGACCUUAACCCCAAAGUGCUGCAGGCUCUGGGCAGCGAGAAGAUGAAGUAUGCGGUUCCCGUCACAAAGUACGACCGUAGAGGAUAUAAACCUCGACCCCGGCAGCUGCUGCUCACUUCAAACUGCGCCGUCAUCGUGGAGGAAGGAAAACUCAAACAACGCAUCGAGUACGAAGCGCUGAAAGGUCAGAGCGUCAGCUCCCUCAGUGACGGCGUGUUCGUGCACGUGCCCAGUGAGGACAACAAGCAGAAGGGAGACGUGGUUCUGCAGAGCGAUCAUGUGAUCGAGACUUUGACCAAAAUCGCGAUCUGUUCGGACAAAAUAAACAGCAUCAACAUCAUCCAGGGCAGUGUGGCUCAGGGGAAGGAGGGGAUCAUCGACUUCACGCCUGGAUCAGAACUCCUGGUGGCCAAAGCCAAGAAUGGACACCUGUCUGUGACGGCUCCCAGACUGAACUCCAGAUGAUGACACACACACACACACACACACACACCCCUCCUCCAAUCAGACGCCAGCUGUCACUACAGGUGGGAAUGGUGCUUCCCAAUACAGAAAAGACAAAAAAAAAAUACAAAUCCAGCAACUAAUUUGAUAUAUUAGUUUAUAUAUUAUAUUUUUGGGGCGUUAAUACUGUUGCUGUUUGAAUAUUUUCUGAUUUUAUAUACGAGCCAAGGGAAUAACAAAUAUUGCGGUGCGUUUUCUCGCACCGCAUGUUUAAUGUGCUUUAUUUUUGGGAACUUGACCAAGAAAACAAUGAGGGAAGGGUAUUUGGAGAAUAAGAGGAGAAGUCGUCGAUGAAAACCAGGGUUCGUUUCUUGCCUCAAAUGAAACUUUAUUUACUUUCAACUUUUCUAACUGGGGGUUGUUUUUGAAGGUGGGCAGAGUAGAGGGUCGGGGAUUGAAGGGAUCCUUGUGUUUUGAAUAAGAGAUUCUGUGGGAUUCACUACAAGAAACUGAAGAGUAAAAGCAUGUGAGAGACGGCGAGAGGAAGGUGAACAGGAAGCUGAAAGACGUGCCUUUCCAUCUUUUCUUUGACUAAUUUAUUCGAUAUUAACGGAUGAAAACCAUGACACUCAACGUGAGAAUGAGUCGAGUUCAGUUUAGAUAAAUACCCUGAAUUUUUCCCCCAUUUCCUCCCUGAUUUGCCUCCCCCCCCCUCACCUGAGACUGAACUGCUCUGAUGUUUUUACUUAAAAUUAAUAUUCAAUAUCUUUCUCUGUAUUUGAAAAGCAUUUAUACCAAAAAGUGCGACUAAAACUCAAUUUAAAGCCACAUUAUGUCGGGGAUAGAUGAGAUAUAUUCUGAUUUGUGAUUUGUGCAGACAAUCAAUUAUCAUGAUAUUUUUUGACCAAAUGAGUCAAUAUUGAAAUGCCAAAAACAUGUACGCAAUGUGAUUUUUGAUGAUCUGUAAUGUUUUUUUUUUUUUUUUUUAGGAAAUCUGUGUU